AUGGUUGAGGAGCCUAUUACACUACAAGAAGUCACGGAAGUCACCGCCCCUACCAGCGCACAAGACGAGUUUCAGAGGCUUCCAGCUGUUUGUGCAGCCACUGCCCCCACCAGCGUUAGCUUUACAGCUGCUUCAACGGAAGUGGAGCACAUACUGCUCAUCGACCCUACAUCCGCUAGUGCCGACAAACAUGACACAUCAUUGUCACUGAUCUCGUCGACAGUUUCGGUCGAAGAUGGCUAUGUACCCCCAAGUCAUGAACGGCUAUUCUGUGGUGGGAAACCAUGCGAGCACGAGCUUCAAAUCGUUGACUUGCGACGGCGUCUCAAUAGUGCUCUAAAGAAAGUCCGCCAAAUGGAAAAGAAAAUGGAAACCCUGGAGAAGGACCCAAGGACAUUCCUGUCCUCAGACCAGAUUCGAAGUGUUGAAAAUACAGACUCACGAGCUAAUCGUUGGGACGAGGCAACAGUGCUCAAAGCACUAAAGGCUCGACUCGCGUGUGGCCGUGGAGGCUAUGAGUUCGUGAAGGAGCACCUCAUGCCGCUUCCUUCUGAACGAACGUUGCAAAGGAAGAUUGAAAACGUGAAGUUUGGACCAGGUAUGCUGAAAGAGCUUCUGCCAGCUCUGAAGGUCAAGCUGGAACAAAUGCGUCCUCAGGAACGACGUUGUGCUGUCCUCCUUGAUGAGAUGCAACUAACUCCAGGCCCAGGCCAGGCUUUGGAAGCUCUGUGGCAUAGGAGCUAG